UUUCUUUGGUGAAAAAGCGACACAGUUGGGCUAAUAAAGUUUUACUUUAUUUGUAGGCUCCUUUUUACAAAUUGCUGACAACCUGUCUGGAAAAAAGACACAAUUCUGCCAAUACCAAAGUGGAAACUAUAAUCUAAUCUAAAAUUCUAUUUAGUUUUUAUCUCUCAGUGAAGAUUAUUUUUCUGUUAAUUUCCAAACCGUCAGAUAAAAUACAGCACAUAUUAUGUAGAUUGAUUUUUUCUAAAUAUUCAAGUGUUCAUAAAAAAAAAGUGUUAGAGGAUUUCAGAUAAAUAUUUUGUUCUUACCCUCUGCAGGUUUAGACUGAGAUCUGUGUAAGAGUUGAAGAAAUUCUUCACCUGAGUGCAGAAUGCAUCAGAUUAUGAAGUAACGGCAAAUUAUUAUUGCUCAGCCAUCUGGAUUUAGAUUCCUUUCUCAAAGCUGGAAAAAAUGUGUGCUAUUCAGUCUACUUUUCAUCUGUGUUGGUUAAAAAAAAAGAAAAGAAAAGAAAAAAAGGUCAGCUGACAGAGUUAAGAGAAAAUUCUGACUAAUCAAGAGAAGAAAGAGGAAGGAGAAAGACCAUGGGCCCACAUCUUAAAUUCACGCUCUCGAUCAUUUUGUGCUUUUGGUUUGAUCAAGUUACAGGUGAGUAAAUGAGAACGAUUUACUGCAAAUGUGGAGCUACAAAGACAGAUUGUUGCAUAGUUAUAGGGUCAAAUGUGCACUGCACAUGUCAAGAAGGGAUUAACUGCGAUAAAAAACUCAGGUUAGUGAGAUUUUUUUCCACAAAAAUACAUUUUUUAGCUGUGGCUGAAGGCAGACGUCCUGCUUCGUCUCUGGCAGAUGCUGAUCUGAUGUUUGAGAUUUUGCUCAAUGGCGUCACAGUCGACCGGUAUAACAACGUCCUCUUGCAGGACGAAGAGCUGGCAUCGAUGCGGCAAGGACGAGACUUCCUGGCUCGGAUCAACGACGACAUUCCAAAAAGUCUGAGUUCCAUGAAGCUCAUGGCGAGCACGCUGGAGGACGGUCAGAAGGCGCCGCUGACUCGGGCUCAGAUUGAGAAUGUUGUCCUGAGCAUGGCGUACUCCGCCCACCAGGCUUACAACCAGGAGAGCAGAGAGGACCGCGAGGCGUGGGGGGGAGUGCUCCUCCAGCUGGCUAACAUCACAGUCCAUCAACUGAGAGGAAGUUUUCUCUUCAAUUAUGAUUAAAUACACUCCUGAACGUGAAAAAACUGCUUUUUUUUGUUUUUUAUGAAAGAAUAGAUUUAUUAUUAUUAUUCAGUAAAAAAGCUUUUUAAACAAGAAACAACUUGAAAAAUACAAACAGGAACAAUGAAACAGACGAUGAAAUGCCG